AUGGUAAGUAUUCCACACGAUUACCAAGAAAUAUCACUAUCGGAAGAGCUUACAUGAUUCCCGUGACCGCCAAAUUACACGUACUCAUCAGGGGCGCUGGAACAGUUUUAAAGUGGGGGAGCUGAGCCAAAAGUGAGGGUGCUGACCAUGAAAAAAAAUCGCAAUCAGAUGGCCAUUUUUACGUUUUUUUUACACCGUUUUGGAAAAAAAGUGGGGGGGGGGGGCUGAAGUCCACCCUGCCCCCUCCCCGGUUACGCAGCCCCUGCACAGAGAUUAAGAACAGCAAGAUUCAAUUUGAAGAAGUAUAAGGAAUUACACUACGCAAGUUCAAAUGUGUAUGCACUAUUGAUAAUUAUGAGUUCAAAGUCUAUUUCCUUUCAGACUCAAAUAUGCAGUGGAGGCCUACAAUAUUUUUGUACAAGGACAAAAUGCAAACAAAUCCGUUUGAUAUUGCCGGCAUAAUUAUGGAUAAUUUGAAAAGGCACAUGUGGUGCUCUCUGUGAUACUUUCAAAUUGUUCAAUAUCAUAAGAUCGGUAAAGACGGUAAUACUGUACACUGCAGAAUCCCGAGCAGAAUUAGCCACAGAGAUGGCUUUAAAAUGCCUCUUUAAGCUUUUUACAGUGUGUCUAGUGGCUGGAAAUGUCGCAUUCUGUGACAGUGCCAAAGUUUUAUUCGUAGGACUUUUUGGAGGAGGGAGUCAUAUGAUGGCCCUGAUUCCUAUAGGAAGAAGUCUUGUUGAUCGGGGCCAUGAGGUGACAUUUCUAGUCAAUCACUUGGAUACUGAGAAAUAUGCUCAAUCAAAGUACACGGAUUACUUCAAGUUUGAACACCACACUUAUAAAACACUAGACCAGGAAUUCACCCAUAUCGACAACCAGAUAGUAAAUUUGGCUUUCUCAGGUAACAUAGUUGGCCAAUUGAGGUUUCUAACAUCUCUGUUCGCGGAUCUAAACACUAAGGUUUGCGAAUCAAUAUUCAGAGACAAGGAUCUGAUGACACGAUUAGAAGGGAUCGACGCUGUUGUGGUUGAUGUUUAUUGGCCUUGUGGGAUCUAUAUGAAAUCGUUCAUCGCCAAGAAAACGAAGACAACAAUUCACGGAAUCGUCGUUUCUCCGACUGCGUCAAACUCAUACAUACAGCAGCUAGCAGGGUCACCAGUCAACCCUUCCUAUCAACCUAUGUCAAUCACCGGACUAUCUUCCAACAUGAUGUUCUUGCAACGCGUCAUCAAUACCAUAUCGUACCUGGUAGGUAACAUAUUUAAUUACAUCAUGAUUGAGAAACCAUAUCACGGAAUAGUGGACGAAUAUCGUCUGGAUCCUGCUUUGAAAAAAUCAAUCCAAGACGAUGUCGAUCUGUAUCUGAUCAACACUGAAUUUUGUGUCGAAUUCCCGUUCUCCCUGAUGCCGAACGUUGUCCCAGUGGGUGGUCUUACGACAGAGGCAGCUAAACCUCUAGAUGACGAGUUGGAAAGCUUUAUGGGCAAUUCUGGAGAGCCAGGAGUUAUUGUCUUCUCAUUUGGUUCAACAUUCACGAUAAUUACAAAGUCAAAGCCUGAACUCACUCAAGUUUUCAUGGAUGCAUUCGGUCGUUUGCCCCACAAGGUGCUGUUUCACCUACAAACAGAUCUGCCAGAUGAUGUACCUGAAAACAUCAAAGUGCUAACAUGGCUUCCCCUCCAGGAUGUCCUUGGUCACCCUAAGACACGUCUCUUGGUCUACCACGGUGGCAACAAUGGUUUCCUAGAAGCAGUCUACCAUGGUGUGCCCCUUGUCGUCAUGCCCCUGAUAGGGGACCAGAUCGACGUUGCUGCCAGGGUCAAGACGAUGGGACUAGGUACCACCCUUGACAAGAUGCAGUUGAGCGCUGACUACAUCUACCAAACCCUAUCAGAAGCUCUGCAGAAUCCAGAGUACGGUAAGAACGUGAAGCGUGCCUCGGCUAUUUUCAAAGACCGGCCAAUGACAGCCCCUGAUCGAGCAGCUUUCUGGAUUGAGCACGUCAUCAAACAUGGUGGAAGCUACAUGCGAUCCCCUGCCCACGACUUAUCUUUUAUUCAGUAUUAUUUGUUAGAUGUGAUUUUGGUGAUAACUUUUGUAUUUUUGACAAUAAUGUAUCUCGUUUACAAACUGCUUAGAUUGUGUUUAAAAACUUGCCUCCAUAUUACUGUAAAAGGAAAAUUUAAGAAUGACUAGAUUUUAAUAUCUGCAAUACAUGCUUGUUCAUAAAUGUUUUCAUUCCUUUUUUUUGAGAAUGGACUCAACAUGUUGAAGAUGAGCAACUUUCAUAUAGUCUAUAUACAAUCUGCUUUGCAAGUCUAGCAUCAUAUGCUGCUCCUUUUCGGAUCAUUUGGACCCAUACCUCUCAAUCAUUAUGCCAUUUCCUCAGUCUCAUCUCAUUGUCUUUCUUCUGUGCUUUAUGUACUCUUAUUGUGCAAAUAAAUCGAGUUUUAUUAUGAUUCUAUUCAGGAUAUAACUGUCCAAAUGUUAGGCUCGUUAUGACUCAAGGGAAGAUUAAUGUAGGGCCUACCUCAGAAAUGCAACUGUGCUACAUAUUUCAAUAUAUAUAUAAAAGAGCAGGAAUCUGCAUCUUUUCAAAGGAUAACAAAUUUGUAAAUCAGACACUGAUGUACAUGUAUAUAGCAUAACACAAAUGGCAAACGCAAUUGAUUUAUUCAAACGCGCCAGAGUAGAAGACAAUCGUGGAUCAGAAUAGCGGCUCGUUUCUACUUCAUGCAAAUAAACUUGCAAGGAAUUACUCUGUCUGGAGGAUAGGCAAUCACAGAAAUAGGCAUUUUAUUAUGUAUCGAUUAAAUGCAGGCAAACAAAACGUAUCUUUGUCUAAUGAGCAAAAUGGUUCCAGUAGUCACAAUAAAAUUACUGUUUAUGUUUUGAUUGUGUCGUGUUUUCUCACAUUCAUGGGAAUAACGGGCAU